CAGCUGACGUAGAAUUCAUGCGCCGGAAAAGCUCUUUUUCGCUGAUGUGUAACUUUUGUAUGAAGUAACUCACUGCAUGGUGUAACUGAGGGGGUAAAAUAUUGGUUUUAAACGAGUUUCCGUCAGUCUUAAAUGCAGAAAAGGAGCGAAUAUUGUGCAGGGAGAAUAAGAGAAGCCCUGGAGCUCGGGACUGAGUGAAAUGGCGCCUAAAGGAAAAGUCGGAACAAAAGGCAAAAAGCAAAUCCAUGAGGAAAACAAGGCGACACUAAAAUUCUACACCAGGGUCAUAAUCGGAGCCAACAGUGUGUACACAGCCGUGAAUCUAAUAUUCUGUGACACUUCGUUUUGGACAUGGUUGCCCUUGUUCUUUGCGCUGAUGGUGUAUGUUGGCAGCUACAGGUCUAUGGCAACAAUGGCCAAACCAGCAUUCGCUGAGAACGGCACUUUAGUGGACGGAGGAAUCGAUCUGAACAUGGAGCAGGGCAUGGCGGAACACCUUAAGGAUGUCAUCCUACUGACGGCUAUAGUUCAGGUCCUCAGCACCAUCUCAUCUUAUUUCUGGUACCUCUGGCUUUUGGCACCUGCUCGAGCUGCACAGCUACUCUGGGUGAACUUUCUAGGUCCUUGGUUUUCUGCUGAGUCUUCGGCGCCUGCAGAGGAGGUUAAUGAAAAGAAACAGAAACGACAGGAAAGACGGCAGAUGAAGCGAUUCUAAUUACUUUGCUGCAUUUUAUUUUUAUCCUCACUGUGGAAAUAAAGUAACAUUCAUUUGUUA